AAUUCAGGCCCAAAAAUGGCCACAGCUCUCUGGUUGUUGAUAUUUAGAUUAGACCAAUGCCUAUCCAAAUGCCUUCAGCAAAACAUUCAGUCCCCGACUUCACUUCACUCCACUCGAAAACAAAACAAGAGAAAGGGGAAACAAAGAGCAGAUCCUACGAAUAAAGCAAUGAAUCCUCUCUGCAAUUCCUUAAAAUCCCUUCACCUAGACCCAGCCCCUCUCCUCAGCAAACCAGGCCUCCACUUUUCCCACUCUCUCUCACCCGCUUUCCCCACACCCUUCAAUACCAAAUCCCCCUCGCGCCAAUGCCACCUCACCAUCAAGUUCAUCGCCUCCAACGCCAACGCCGUGGAAAUCGACAUGGUGAGAAACAAGCAAGGCGUUUAUGCUCCCAAGCAGAAAAAAGUUGUUAUCUUGUGGGACCUCGACAACAAGCCACCGCGCGGACCGCCGUACGAAGCCGCGGUGGCCUUAAAAAAGGUGGCUGAAAAAUUCGGAGAAAUCGUUGACAUGUCAGCAUACGCUAACCGUCACGCGUUUAUCCAUUUGCCUCAGUGGGUCCUACAAGAACGCCGCGAGAGGAAAAACCUCGACAUCCUCGAACGCAAAGGAAUCGUGACUCUAUCCGAUCCUUACAUCUGUGGAGUUUGCGGUCGGAAAUGCAAGACAAAUCUGGAUUUGAGAAAACAUUUCAAGCAGUUACAUGAAAGGGAACGACAAAAGAAGUUAAACAGAAUGAAAUCGCUGAAAGGUAAGAAACGACAGCGGUUUAAGGAAAGGUAUAUAAGUGGGAAUCACAAGUACAAUGAAGCGGCAAGGAGUUUGGUAACGCCGAAGGUUGGGUAUGGGUUGGCGAGUGAGUUAAGGAGAGCUGGGGUUUGUGUUAAGACAGUAGAGGAUAAGCCACAAGCGGCGGAUUGGGCAUUGAAAAGACAAAUGCAGCAUUCUAUGAGUAGAGGGAUUGAUUGGUUGUUUUUGGUUUCGGAUGAUAAGGAUUUUACGGAGAUGUUGAGGAGGGCAAGGGAGGAGAAUUUGGGGACUGUGGUUGUAGGGGAUCGGGACAGGGGUUUGGGGAGACAUGCUGAUUUGUGGGUGUCUUGGAUAGGGGUGGAAAAUGGGGAGGUUACGGAGAAGGAUUUGGUGCCUAAGCGGUGGAGGAGGGAGGAUGAUGGGUCGUUUUCGGUUUCAGAAUUUGAUAGUCGGAGUUUGGGGGAAUUGGAUGGGGUGGUAAAUGAGCUUGUGGUGGGGAGGAAUGAGUUUGGUGGUUUGAGGAUUUCGGUGUUUUCUGAAGGGGAGGAGGGUGAUGAGGAUGAGUGGGAGAUUGAGAAAGCUGAUGAUGAAGAUUAUUUGUUGGAAGAUAGUGAGGAUGAGGUGAUUUUUGAGGAAGAUGGGUAUUUUCUAUGAGGAAAGUGUGGUUCGUUAUGGAGGUCAGUAAUUGUAACUUAUGAAUUAUUAGGGAGGAUGGGGAAAGAUUAGAAUUUAUAUGAACAGUGAGCUUUGCUGCUUGUUUAAUAAGAGUUGAGAAUCCUAAUGGUGGUAUUUGCCCAGUGUGGUUCUUCAUUGUCAUCAGAUUUGCAAGUGGAGUUCAUGCCCCCUGACCGGCAAAGGUCCUUUCAGGCUUUGUGGAUCAUUACCUAUCAGCCUUCUGAUUGAUGGUAUCAAGGUCAGGUCCAAUGAUUCAGUGAAGUUCCCCCAAUCAUAGGUGAUGUAGGACAAGGAUAGGGGGGGUGUGGCCGCAAAUUGACAAGAACUUGGUAGGUAUUUUGUCCAAGCAGGAAAAUUAGGUCUAGACUCUAUUCUUGGAUUUUUGAGACAAAUUGGGGCCUUGAAUGAGAUUUGCAUGUGGUUAAGGUUGGUUGAAACAACUAGGGGAUUGGAAAGCUUUUUAGGUGUUGCCCCAGGCCUGUGCAAUGUACUUGCUAUUAAGUGUUAGGAUUGAGAAAUUUCAUAGUUGCUUUGCUGCGUGUUUGAUUUGAA